UUGCUUGAACAAUGGAGGAUAUAUUGGGACUUCUAAAAAUCAAUGUUCGAAGAGGCUUUGAUCUUGCUGUUCGUGACGCCAUUAGCAGUGAUCCUUACGUUGUUAUCACCAUAGCUGAACAGAAAUUGAAGACGCAUGUGGUGAAAAGAAACUGCAAUCCCGUUUGGAAUGAAGUGUUGGUUUUUUCAAUCAAAGACCCUCAUGUUCCCGUCCAUUUAACAGUUUACGACAAAGACACGUUUACGGAAGAUGAUCGAAUGGGGGCGGCAGAAGUUGAGAUUCAACCCUACAUAGAGGCAUUAAAGAUGGCGAAGGGUUUGCACAAUCUCCCGAGCAGUUGCACACUGAAAAGGAUUCAACCGAGUCGGGGUAACUGCCUGGCCGAAGAGAGCAACAUCGUUUGGGAAAACGGUAGGAUCACACAAGACAUGCGAAUCAAACUCCAAGACGUCGAAUGCGGCGAGAUUCUGCUCCAUCUCGACUGGACCGAAACUCCUGGUUGUAAAGGUUUGGAAGGUGAAGCCAUUGCAGGACCAUGGAACCUUAAGCCCCCCGCUGCAAAGAAACAACAUUGAUUCCCAGAUGAAAGAUAUAAGAGAUCGGAUCUGCUGAUAUUUGCUUGGGGAUAAGCAUAUGAUUUAUGUCA